AUGGCGCUCGUCACAAUCUCGGGAUUCCCCUGCUCGGGCAAGACGACGCGCGCACGCGAGCUCAAGGCCGACUUUGAGGCGCGGAUAGCCAGCCCGUCGUACACCGGCCAGAAGUUUGACGUCGUGCUCGUCGACGACGCCGGGAGCCAUGUCACGCGGGCAGCGUACGACUCCUCUGCCGCCGAGAAACCCUCCCGCGCAGCCCUCUUCACGGCGGCCACGCGCGCCCUCUCGCCCAACACCAUCACCAUUGUCGACUCGGCAAACUACAUCAAGGGCUUCCGGUACCAGAUGUACUGUGCGGCCCGGGAGGCGCAUGUGCGCGUCGCGACGGUGCGUGUUGCCGCGCCACCGGACAAGUGCCGCGAGUGGCAUGCGGCGAGGGCAGAGGACGAGCAGUACAAGGAGGCGACCUUUGACAACCUCAUUAUGCGGUACGAGGAGCCCAACUCGAUGCAGCGGUGGGAUGCGCCGCUAUUCACCGUGCCUUGGGACGAGGCGCUGCCCGCCGACGACAUCUGGGCUGCCGUCACCAAGGGAGAGAAGAAGCCACCAACGGGUGCAGUGGUCACUCGCGGAAAACCGCCACCUGGCACGCUGCAGACACUGACAAACACCACCACCGCGCUCGUCCAGUCCCUGCUGCAGCAUUUGACAGCCGCGCCCGGCGCCAACACCUUCCCCGUGCCGUCCCCACCUGCCGCUGGAAAACUCGUCCUCCACCUGCCGCACGGCCGCAGGCCCACGCUCGCGGAGCUGCAGCGCCUCAAGCGCCAGUUUGAGGCCCAGCAGAUCCAGGCGCAGAAGAGUAACGCACGCUCAGCAGGCAACUGGACCGAGCCCGAGGUCGCGUCGGGCUUUGUCGCCUUCCUCGAGGCGACGUGGGAGACAACGACAUAG